CCACAAACACACCAAAACCCAAAUCACCUAUAUCUUACUUCCCUCUUCAUAAUGUACACUCGUCUUGUCCGUAUCGCAACUCGCCCUCUUGAUGCUAGCAAGAAGUUGGCCUACUGCUCAAUUGUUGGUGUCUCUGUCUAUGGUUAUGUCCAGGCCUGCAAAGAUGAUUUCUCUUUAACUCUUAAAACAAAAUCCAAUUCCAAAUCUCACUGUCUUGGUCUGGUCUACCUUAUCAUUUUCCGUCCUGUUCUGCCCUUUCCCGCCAUGUCCUGCCCUGUCCUCUCACAAUCAUCCAAGAAAAAGAAGAAACAAGAAACAAUCAUAUCUAGCAUACCCGCCCUAACCAAGAAACUAAACUAG